UUGGGUUACGCCAUGUCUGACCGAUUUUACCGGCUACGCCCCCGCGUUCCCUAACCAUUCUGCGCACCAUGGCCUUGGGACUGUGACCUCUUACUUCUCAGCAGCGGUGGGGUGCGGGGAAGUUGCUCGAACAGGAAAAGGACGCUGAAGCUGGGGACAAACGACUGAAGUUAAACUGCUGCUGGAUAUAAGUGCAUUGAAUCAGUCGGGCGCACUAUGGUAUCGGCAGUCCAUUUAUAGAAACGUUUCUAUUUUUGGAAGAAAGUUCCAAAAAUGGAAACGCUAAAAACCAACUGUUCCAAUAAUGGAAACGCUCCGUUUCUAUUUUCGGAAACGCAAGGAGCACAUAAACCUGUUCGGUAGUUUCCGCAAUAAACCAUAGAUUUCCGCAUCAAACAAAGGCCACCAAUCAAAAGACAGCAUUUCGCUUCAUAAUUCCAACGUUGAACAGAAAAAUCGGCUGUUGAACAGGCUUGCACGGUCCACUUCCUUUUGUAAACAAUAGAAUUUUUCAUGAUAGGUGAACUUUUAUGUGUCAUUAAUGAAAUAUACCUCAUUUUUUUGUGGAAAAAUUUGAUUUUCACAAGAAUGGCAAUGUUUUAAUUGACAGACUUGCUGUCUGGUAUUCAUUAAUAUUUUACAUUGCUGUAAAGCAAGCCCUGAAUGGCGUGUUGGUGACCACGUGCGGAGAUCGUCUCUCCGGCUUUGGAAGGCGGCCCUGUGUAAGGACUGGCAAAAGUCGCCAUGCAGCGCGCCCUGAUGAACCGGAGGGCGACCUCCUCCCUCGACGCACAGCGCAUCGAGUUUGAGAAGGCUCAGAUGCAGCACUUCUCCAAGGCGACCAGCUCGCAGGAGCUGCCCGUUAAAACCAAACACGUGCGUGGUCUGAUUAUCGGCACGCACCACGAGCGGUCGGCGCACACGUUCUGGUCGCUGGCCGAGCGGAUACCACUGCAGGACCACCCGAUCACGUGCUGGAAAUUCUGCCACGUGCUGCACAAACUGCUGCGAGAGGGCUACCGCAGCACGGUCCGGGACACCUUCAACCGGCGAGAGAUGCUGCGCGAACUGGCCGGAUUCUGGGGCCACCUUCCGGACGCCUACGGAAAGCUAAUCGAAAGCUACAUCCAGGUGCUGCUGGCAAAGCUGCGCUUUCACGGAAAGUACGCCGGCUUUCCGGGCACGCUAUCACUGAGCGACGACGACCUGGAGAAAAUGGGCGAGAACGAUCCCAACAGCUACUUUGAGAUGGCCGUGGAUAUUCUGGAUUACCUGGAGGCCAUCGUCAAUAUGCAAACUGCUGUGUUUGGCUCUCUGGACAUGUCCCGUUCGUCGUCGAUGACCAAGGAGGGCCAGUGUCGGCUGGCGCCGCUCAUACCCUGCAUUCAGGACUCGAUCGCUCUCUACAACCACGCCAUGAAGAUCAUGUUCCGACUACACUCACUUCUUCCCCCGGAUCUACUAUCGGGGCACAGACAGCGCUUCAACAAGCUGUUCACGGCACUCAAACAGUUCUACGCCAAGUCGGCCAACUUGCAGUACUUCAAGACGCUCAUCCAGGUGCCCCAGCUGCCCGAUAGUCCACCGAACUUUUUCCGGUCGUGCCAGCGCAGCGACCAGGUGGAGGCGGCCGUCAUCCUACCUGAGGAGGAGGAGGAGGAGGUCGACCUGCUGGUCGACAUGUCAGACACCGCCAGCACUGUCGACAGCCGCCUGGUGACCCCGCUGGACGUGGUGGACGAGCCGCCGCCGCCGCCGCCCCCGCCGCGGCCGGACGUCGAGGAGCAGCUGCGACACCAGCUGCUGGCGCGGCAGCAGGAGGCAGCUGCCCUGCGCAGCCGCGCCGAGCAGCUGGAGAUGCAGCUGGCCGAGCGCGAGAGUCUGCUGCUGGCCGAACAGGAGAGUCGCGCCGAGCUGGCGGCGCGACUGGCCGCCGGCGAGCGCACGGCCGCCGCCGCCGCCGCGCAGGCCGGCCGGGCCGCCGAGGAGAAGUUCCAGAAAAUGAAGGGCGUCUACCAGCAGCUCCGCGAGGAGCAUAUUCGGCUGAUCCGGAAAAAGGCGGAGGUGGACCAGCAGGUACUGGCGCAACAGGAGGCGCGCCAGAGGGCCGAGUCGGCGCACAGCGCGCUGCAGGAGCAGCUGAGCAGCGUCUCGGAGCAGCGCUCCGUGGCAGAGGAGCAGCUGCAGCGGUCCGAGGCGCGCUCCGCCGAGCUGGCCAACCUGCAGUCCGAGCUGCAGUCGUCACGCAGUCGAUGUGCAGAGCUGGAAGCCGAGCUGCAGGUACAGACCACUCAGGCGCGCCUGUCUCAGGUGGACAGCGACGAGCAGCAGGCGCGCUGUCGUCAGCUGCAGACAGAGCUGGAGGCUGAGAGACAGCGGCACCGGCAGCUCAACGACCAGCGGGCGGCCGCGGAGCUCGGUGACGCCGUCUCCACGGCCGAGCAGAUGGUCCAGGGAGCCCUGGACGAGUGCGACAACCCCAUGUUCUCCGCCGUCACCUGCACGCCAGAGUACCUGCUGAGUCUGGUGCCGGCGCUGGAGGCGUGCCUGCCCCCGCUGGCCGCCUCCCCCGAGACACUGACACCGGAGCAGCGCGGCAAGAUGCUGAUGUUUGCCCACCUGACGGCCCAGUUCCUGCUGCACGGCCGGGCCACGUCCAGUACCAGUCCCAACAUUCAGCUGGGAGAAGAGAUGUGGUCGGCGUGCGGCGGUGUAGCCUCGGCCACCCUCCAGCUGCUCUCCGCCUGCCGGUCGGCGGCCGACCGCGGCCCGCAGGCGGGCGCCGUGCGCUCCGAGCUGGCCCGGCUGGCCGAGCUCACCCGGCGGGUGACGGACUCGCUGCAGGCGGUCAGUGCCGAGCAGAUCGCCUCCAUGGUGGAACAGGAGAUGUCGGCAAUGGACAGCGCCAUCGAGGCCGCCGCCGCGCGGAUACAGGAGAUUCUGACGGCGUCUCGGUUGGCCGACUCGGGUCUGAAGCUGGAGGUCAGCGAGAAGAUCCUCGACUCGUGCACGGGUCUGAUGCGCGCCGUCAAACUGCUGGUACAGCGCAGUCGUGACCUGCAGGCUGAGAUCAUCGCACAGGGCAAGGGCACGGCGUCGCCGACCGAGUUCUACAAGCGCAACCACCGCUGGACCGAGGGCCUCAUCUCGGCCGCCAAGGCAGUCGGACUGGGCGCCAAGUCGCUGCUGGACGCCGCUGACCGGCUGGUGAGUGGUAACGGCAAGUUCGAGGAGCUGAUCGUGGUGACGCACGAGAUCGCUGCCUCCAGCGCUCAGCUCGUCAUCGCGUCAAAGGUCAAAGCUGACCGGCACAGCCAGAACCUGGCCAACCUGGGCCAGGCGUCUCGCGGAGUCUCUGAGGCCACUGGCUCUGUGGUGGCCACCGCCAAAUCCUGCAUGGAGCUGGUCGAGGACAAAGCGGCGCUGGACUUCAGUAACCUGUCGCUACACCAGGCCAAACGUCAGGAGAUGGAGGCCCAGGUGCGGGUCCUGGAGCUGGAGGCUCAGCUGCAGCGGGCCCGGGUGCACGUGUCGGCUCUGCGCAAACAGCACUACCAGCUGGCUGGCGAGCUGGAGGGAUGGGAGGAGGUGGAUUCGCCGCCCCUCUAGGAUCGCCCGCCGGCCGCUGACUGGUCUCAGGGGACGGGCGCACGGAGCGACAGCAACGAAACCUGCAGGGCGGCGAGCUUGGUGGGCGUGUGAUCGAGUGUGUGUGUGUGAGAGAGGCGAGCGGCAGCGGAGGCGGACGCGACACACGGGACUCGGCGGGGAGACACUGGGCGGGUAGACCUCAGUCUAAGCAACAAGAGCGGAAACCAACGAAGUCAGCCAGAUUCUGGGUUCUGCUGUAAGUGAUGAAACGCUUCGGAUGUCGUCUGUCCCGAGACGAUAUAAUACGAGCCGCGGCUGACUACAAUAUACGAUGUCACACUGCUCCGGAUAAUACGAUAUGACGUCACGACACGGUAUGACGUCACCCACUGCCGCCGCUCUUGUUAUUCUGUAGCGCAUCGCUCUCUCGCCCGCCGCCGCCGCAUGAAGCUAACUAUGCUGUUACGAAUUGUAUUUUUCUGCGUGCGUUUUCGCAUAUUUUGCUGCACCGGUACGUGGCAGCGCUGACACUUUGAUAUAUACUUGCCUUUGAUAGUCUAUUCUUGACCGCACGCCAAUCAUGAGCGAGCCGCCGCGCCGCUCUGAUGCUUGGUAUUGAUGUACGUUAGCUGUAGUUUUGUUGAUAGCUGUGACGCGACUCGGCGUAGAGGGGCCGGCUGCGCGCGGCUGCGUUCGUCAGGAUCUUCCAGAAACGGUCCUGCAGUUACUGUCUACUUAUGCGCACCGGUCGACAACGUGGCAUUGUAUUUUAUGCAGGAGGCUUAUCUGUAUACGUUCAGCAGUGAUAGUGUUAUGUCAGUGCAUGUGGAAAAUAAAGCGUAUCUGAGAGGA